UCGCACGCACGAGGCUCGCAGACUCGCAGCACGCACGCACGCACGCGACGCGCCUGGCCUCGACGACCUUACCUGCCCACGCCGCGUCGCCGCCCCACGACCGCCGCCGGCGAUGGAGCCCGGAGCAGCAGCAGGCGACGCCCCCGCGCCCGCCGCAGCGGCGCCCCGGCCCCGCGCCCCGCCGUCGUCGCCGACCCGCGCCCCAGCCCCUCCUCCCGUGCCUCCCGUCCGCGCCGCCCCAUCCCCAUCCCAGCGUCCCCGAGCAGCAGGCGACGGCCCCGCGCCCGCCGCGGCGGCGCCCCAGCCCCGCGCCCCGCCGACCCGCGCCCCAGACCCUCCUCCCGUCCGCGCCGCCCCAUCCCCAUCCGAGCGUUCCCGAGCAGCGAAGAAGAAGAAGAGUGGUAUUGUUGGUAGUAGCAUACAUACAAUGUGGGAAAAGGCUGCAAAAACAAGGAAAAUGAAUGAAUCAUCCACACCGAAUCAGACAACAACUGCAUCUAGUGUUGAGAGCAAUUUGCAAAUGGUUUUAUGGCAAGCACCGGAGAGUAGAGAAGAAACCUCAACACCUCAUGUAGAAGUAGAAGAUGAUGAAUCUAUAGAUGAAGAUGAUGAAAUGAUGCAAGCAGAUUUAGAGGCACUCGAACAUGAUCCUGGAAAGCGGAUUCCCAUCUCUAUGUAUGAUGUCAAUGAUCAAGAUAGAGUAAGAAGAAGAUUUAUUGAGAUGGGGCCAUGUCAACCAAAGAAUCAUAAAUUUGAGUUUACAAAUAAAGGUGGAAGAGAGCGUCGCUUUUCCGCUGUUUGGUUUAAAGACUUUCCAUGGAUUGAGUAUAGUGUGGAAAAAGAAAGAGCUUUUUGCUUUGUUUGCUAUUUAUUCAAGGAUAAAACAAGAUGUCCCGGUGGAGAUGCUUUUGUGAAGAAGGGAUUUAAUAACUGGAACAUGAAGAAGAGAUUGAAGAAACAUGAAGGUGAGGUUAGUAGUGCUCAUGCUGAAGCUCAAGAGAAGUAUGAUAGGUUCAAUUCACCACAAACAUCAAUUCGGGAGUCUAUUGCUUCAAACACCACACAAUACAAGGCUUUGUAUAAACAGCGUUUGACAUGGACACUCAAGUGUGUGAGAUAUCUGUUGCACCAAGGCUUGGCAUUUAGAGGACAUGAUGAAAGUGAAGACUCACUAAACAAAGGAAAUGGGUGAUGACUAUUUGAACUAUUUGAAGAAUAAGCUAAGGAACAAAAUGGGUGAUGACUAUUUGAACUAUUGUAUGGUUACAUUUGUUGAGAGAGAUUUCUUCAGGCAAGUAAAGGAUGAGGAUAUCAUCAAUCUCUUCCAAAAAGGCAAGCGCAAAGUUAUAAUGUAAGAUGGAACAUCAUCACUUUAUCAAUAAAAAGGUACCUAUGUAUUCA